UGGAGCUGGAAUAUUUUUCCUAUAACCUCACUUUACAGGAACACUUCAACCUCACCAUGGCAGCAAUGAAUUCGCCCCGGGAGGAGGACUUACUUUGUCCCCAGUGCUGCGAGAUCUACCGACUCCCUGUUCUUUUGAAAUGUGGCCACAAUGUUUGCAGAGUUUGUUUACAGAAAUUCUGGGAAUUGAAAGGAUGUCGAGAAUGCCCAGUGUGUCGCACUGUGGCUGAGCCCGGGAGGCCUCCUAUCAAUCUGCCACUAAAGAUAGCUGCAGAUGAAUAUCAACUGCGACGGAGCAGCAGGAAUCGAGACCUUUGUUUUCUUCACGGUGAGAAGCUGACACUUUUUUGUCAGAACGACGAAGAGCCCGUCUGUGUCGUCUGCCACACAUCCAAACAGCAUAAGGUGCACGAGUGCUGCCCAGUAGAGGAGGCUGCCCAACAGAAGAAGACAGAGAUUUCAACCAUGCUGGAGUCCCUGAGGAAAAAGCUCAGAACCCUGAACAAGACCGAGGAGCACUGGAAGGAAACAAAAACCUAUUUACAGACCCAAGCUCGUCAAAAUGAAGAAGGGAUAAAGGAGGAGUUUCGGAAGCUGCACCUGUUCCUCCAGGAGGAGGAGAACGCGAGACUAGAGGUUCUCAAACAGGAAGAGGAAAUCAAGACCCAGGUGAUGUGUGAGAAGCUGGACAACAUCCAGGAGCAGAUCACAACCCUCUCCUCCACCGUCAGUGAUACGGUGGCCACGCUCACAGCGAAGGAUUUGACCUUUUUACAGGACUACAAGAAGACAAAGAAAAGGGUCAAAUGCAACGUUCGAGAACCGGAGUGCAUCAGAGACAUCCUGAUAAACCCUGCAAAGCAUCUGGGAUCGCUUAAGUUUGGAAUUUGGAAGAGUAUGGCCAAAAUGGUCAAAUAUGUCCCCAUCACUCUGGAUCCAAACACAGCCCACUCCAACCUGGAGUUCUCUGAAGAGCUGACCUGCGUGCAGUACAGCAGGAAGCAGCUCCUGCCCGACAACCCCGAGCGCUGCACCAGCCGUCUGUGUGCGCUGGGAGCGACCGGCUUCACAUCUGGAAAGCACAGCUGGACAGUACACGUGGGCCAAAGCAGAGACUGGUACAUCGGAGCGGUCCGAGAGUCUAUCAAGAGGAAGAGCGCCGUCUUCCUCAACCCUGCCGAGGGCUUCUGGGUGAUCGGCCUGUGCGGCGGAGACUCGUUCUGGGCUCAGACGUCGCCUCGCACCAAGCUGGUGUUGAAGCAGAAGCCCGAGAGGAUCACUGUGGAGCUGGACUGUGACAAGGGAAAGGUGGUGUUCACCAACGCUCAGGAUUCGACGACAAUACACACAUUCAGAGACAGAUUCACAGAGAGGAUCUUCCCCUACGUCUCCACCGGAUUGUACGGGGAGGGGAAACUCUCCAGCCCAUUGACGAUCUGCCCUCUGACCGUAACACUGGAAGUAAAAUAGACUCACACAGCAGAUGAAGAGACACCGUUUUAAAUUAGAUGUGCGCGUUUUAACUUUUGACUGACAUAAAAAAUAAUGAUAAAGCCAUGAUUCACACAUGAAAUUCAGCAGCCAACUGAACGAUACCAUACUUUAUUGUAUGACUUAUGUACAAUUUAUUAAACAAGACUAUAAACACUUUCAA